AUGCUCAAGCUCAACGAGACACCUUCGCGGAUUUUAAGGAGGAUAAAUGAGGAGGAUAAGGAGGAGCUUGUUUCUCUGCCUUCGAUUGAUGAUCAGGAGUAUUCAGGCUUGACGGAGACUGAAUCGAACGAGACAGCGACACAAGUUAAGGAAAACGUUAAGGAGAAAGUCAAGGAGAACGUUAAGGAGGGCUUUAAAGAGGUUGAAAGACCUAAAGUAAUAUCAGAUGUUGCUCAAACGCCAAAUAAAUUCAACAAAACACCAAAAGACGCGUCAAAACGACUAACAAGUCAACCAAAUGUACUCAUGUCUGCUAUGAAGGAUAAGGCAAAGCCAAAUGUCAACACGACACCAUUCCCUAAGACAGUUUCAUUCUCAAGGAAGCCUCUAGAGAAUAACAAUGAUAACAAUGAUACUAACGAUAACAACGAUCCAUCUUUUGCUUCAUCUAACAGCGAUCUUAUAACUCCGCGUCAACCAAACAACUUUAAUGCAAACAUCACUGCAAACGAAUCAGGUAAUAGAUUCGAUGGCACCAAGUUGAACUCUUAUUUGAAUUCACUCAACGAACACCUCGCAACGGAGAACAAUCAGCUUGUUUCUGCACUCGAAACUGCGAAAGAGGAUGCCUUUGAAGCUCAAGAGCAGCUAAGAUUAAUUGGAGAUGAACACUAUGCGGAGACACAGCAGCUGAGAGAUGAAAUCAAUCGUUUACAUACAUCAAAAUCUCAAACAUCAUCAGAUGAGGUGCAAAAGCUAUCUUACACAGUGGAUAAACUUCAAGACGAAGUGUUACAUUACAAAUCGCGGUCUAAAAAGCUCGAAGAGGAAGUAGCGAACCUUGACAACGACAAGUAUCAACUGAGCAAGGAAGUUAAUGAUGCACGCAAAUUCAAUAGAGACUUUGACCACGAGAAAGAUAAGUAUGAGCGUGCGAUUGGCAGACUUGAGGCUGACCUUCAAGAUCUGGAUGUCGAGCUCGAGCGUCGUCAAACGAUGUACAAUAGUCGUAUGGAGGAGUACAAGGAAGUGAACCAAGAUAUGGAUCAACAACUACAAUCGAAUCAGAUUGAGAUGGAGAAUUUGAGAAUGGACACUAGGAGACUCAAUGAGGAAGUAUACAUGUUGAAAACACGCAGUCCAUCGCAAAACCAAUCUACACCAAGGAACAAAUCUAGAUAUGACACGAUUGACGCUACACCAGCUAUUCACAAGAGCGUCAUCAACCUCAAGAUGCCAAAGACACCAGCUACACCUGAGUGGAUGGGUCAUGAUACCUGGUUGAACCAAACAACGAUCGGAGCUGGAGAUGUACAGCCACUAUUAGCACAAGUAGCUGCUCUCAGAGAGCAACUAGAUGGUGCUAAUAGCCAAGUAGAUAACAAUCUGCGCAUGCUAGGAAAGAGUGGCUUUGACCAGAAGUCUAUAAUCAAUAAGUUGAUGGAAAGUAGUGACAAAGUUCACGAUUUGGAGAUUGAGCUGCAGAAAGUACAUGAAGGUCAGGAUGAGGAUAGGAAGUCGAUAGAAGCACUAAUUGCAGAGCGAGAGAACAUUGUCAAGCUGAGCGAUACGCUACAAGAUGAGCUCCAGAAGGCAGAGACAAAGGUGAUGAGAUUGGAGAAUAAACUGACGGAGACAGCACAAAUGAGAAGGAGGUACGACUCCAAGGUGGAUGAGUGUGAAGAACUCCAAAAACUUAAUGCGGAGUUGCAGGAAGAGGGCAGAGACACACACGAAGAACUCGCCAGACAAGAAAAAGAUCUCAACAGGAUGAACAGAGAGUUUAUCAUACUCGGACAAGAUCUUGAGAUGCUCAAGAAUGAGCGUGAUGGAUUAGAGCAUCGUAAAAUGGCAUCACACAACAAGCUCAGAGAUGAGCUCACGUCUUCUGAAGCUAAUGUACGUGCAUUGGAAGCUCAGCUGAACAGCAGAAGAGAUAGUAUGUCGAUGGAGGAGCGCAACAACUUUAUAAAGGAACGCCGUGGUCUUGUUAUAGAGAUCAAGUAUCACAAAGCCAAAUUCUCACGAGAGAGGACAUUGCGAGAGGAUCUUAUCUGUCAAAAAAAGUACCUGUUACUAUUAGUCGGAGGAUUGAGAUUGACACAAGACGCCACUAUCGCAGCUAUAUCCAAGAUAGGAUUUAUGGAAGAGAUGGCAAAGCGUCCACAAAAGAAAGCAUCGACCAAAUUCCGCAGUGCAGCAUUUGCGGUGAUUGCAAUAAACAGAAUGAGAAAUGCCACCUUCCAUUGGCAAAAUCAGCGUUCAGAACGCGACAGGUUGGUUGCUGCUCGCUCGUCGCGUCGUUAG